AUGCCCCAUACUGGAACUGCGCAAGAUGGCGCAUUACUUGCCCGUGCAAGACGCGGUGACGAAGCUGACUUGCCUCCAACGUCUCCUGUCGACGAAUCAGAUUCUGGCUUUUUGUCACCUCCACCAGACCCAGAGCCGGAACCAGGCUUACAUGGGGCACCUGUACGAUGGUACGAUGCCGACCGAAAAGAAUCUUAUACACAUAUAGAGCCGUUUUCAGAGAAGCAUGAUACUAGCAUUGAGUUUUUCUAUCAUCCGAUUACACUGACCGCCCUCGCGGUUGGGAUGAGCUUGAUGGCUUACGUUGCGACCACCGAUGAUCUACUAGAGGAAGGAAGGGACAAACGCCGGCUAGGUGUUUAUGCGGCCGUCUGUUUCUUUUUACUAUUUUCUACAUUGCAAUUCAGGGACGGCCCGUUCAUUCGUCCACAUCCUGCAUUCUGGCGCAUUGUUCUGGGAAUAAACUUGCUCUACGAGCUUGCGAUGGUAUUCCUACUAUUCCAGGACUUAGAUACCGCGCGGCAGAUGCUGAAAUAUAUUGAUCCUAAUCUCGGAGUCCCGUUACCGGAGAAGAGUUAUGCGGAGAAUUGCGAAUUCACAUUUAGAAACAUUUGGGACGCGGUUGAUAUCUUUUGCCUCGCCCAUGCCUUGGGUUGGUUCGGUAAAGCUCUUAUCCUAAGGGAUUACUGGUUUUGCUGGAUUCUAAGUAUCGCCUUUGAAUUUGCCGAAUAUAGUCUGCAGCACCAGCUAGCAAACUUCGCAGAGUGCUGGUGGGAUCAUUGGAUCCUUGACGUCUUGGUAUGCAAUUGGCUUGGGACAUACCUGGGCAUGAAAACUUGUCAAUAUUUCGAAGUCAAGCAUUAUGAAUGGCGUGGACUUCGUCAGAGUCGAGGUUUACGGUCCAAAACGAAGCGUGUCAUCACACAGUUUUCUCCACAUGAUUUCACUGCAUUUCACUGGGAAGGGACUGCUUCAUUUACAUCUUAUAUUACUGUCGUCCUGUUGUUAGCAGUGUUUCUUGCCGCGGAGCUAGACCCUUUCUAUCUGAAGGGUUUACUUUGGAUGGAACCAAGUCAUCCGAUAGUAAUUGCAAGGCUUGCAGGAAUUUUUGUUUGUGCACUGCCUGCCGUUAGAGAACUGUACCAAUAUAUGGGUGAUUCAAGGAAAGCAAAACGGCUGGGCUGCCAUGCGUGGCUCCUCUGGGCUACGGUCCUAACGGAACUAGUGGUUAUCAGAAAGUGGAGCAAGGAUCAAUUCCCUGAGCCGUUUCCCAGAUAUAUCAAAUUGGCUUGGAGUAUUGGUUCUGUUCUCCUCAUCCUUUAUCCGUUGUCAAAGUUUGGAAUACCGAAUGCAAGACGUUACUUGCGCCGACGUCGCAAGGAAGCGCGAACGAAGGCAAAGGCACUGUAAUCUGGUCUCAAAGCACAAUAGACCCGCUCCAUUAUCUUCUCAAGCCUCAUAUGUGAAGCGCACAUCACAUGCGUUCGCGGCAGUUUAUCCACAAGGAGAGUUCGCUAGAUAAUAAACGCGGGCGUCAAUCAACAAUUCUUCAAGGUUGCUAGACUUUCUUGCCACGAUGUGAAAGGCGUACAACAGGUUGGGAAAUUGUGUAAUGAAUUGCUCAAAAAGAAACGCGCACCCGUUCUUGGCAUCUCCGCAACUGUACAUCUCAUUGCCAAUAAGACUGGGCUCUUCUCGU